AUGGCAAACACAGGAGACAAGCGGAGGUCAGUGCUGAUCACAGGUUGCUCUCCCGGUGGGAUAGGAAAUGCGCUUGCGCGUGAAUUUCAUCAGCAAGGACUACGUGUGUUUGCGACAGCGCGAGACACGGAGACACUGCAGAGUCUGGCAGCCCUAGGGAUUGAAACACUGAGUCUUAUCGUAGAUGACGAAAGGAGUGUCCAGUCAUGCUAUGCAGAGGUUCGAGAAAGGCUUGGAGAGAAAGGACUGGAUUAUCUAGUCAAUAAUGCGGGCCGAAAUUAUACCGUUCCUGCUAUGGAGGUAGACCUCGCGGAGGCUCGUGCAACCUUCGAAACGAAUUUAUUUUCGGUCAUUAACAUGUGCCAAACAUUCCUCCCUCUACUCAAAAAGACCCAGGGCACCAUCGUACAGAUUGGCUCUAUCGCAGGGGUCAUCCCCUAUGUGUUUGGAUCAGUGUACAAUGCCUCGAAGGCCGCGUUGCAUUCGUUCAGUGAUACUCUUAGGGUAGAACUAGCUCCCUUCGGCGUAAACGUGACGACCGUUGUCACUGGAGGUGUGCAAUCUCGCAUUGCUCGUGUCAAACGUACCCUAGCACCGAAUUCACUUUAUGCUCCUAUUGAAGAUGAGUAUAAUCGUCGCGUGAUACACAGCCAAGACGGUGCAAUGCCACACACUGCAUAUGCAAAGAGUGUUGUUGCACAGAUCUUGUAUGGAUCAGCACCGUGGCGCUGGCUGUGGCCAUGGGCUCAUGGCCGUAAGAGCUGGAUAUGGGAAGGCAACAAGAGCUGGGUGGUUUGGUUCUUGUCUGGAGGCUGGGCGUGGACUGGCAUCUUUCACUAUGCCAUGACGAGAAUGUUCAAGCUUUAUAAGCUGAGGAAGAUGGGCGGGAAAUAG